GCAGACAUGUUGCCUACCUCGAGAGUUUGAUCCGAAACAGAAGAGGAAACCGCCUUUGGAAUUAAAAACUGCCCCCCCUAGAUUUUCGUCGUCCCCACUUUAACAAGCCUUCGAUAUGAGUUAGAAUCAAAAUGCGGCGUUCAUCGUAACGUUUACGGAUGUUACCUAAGUGGUGACUAUGGAGCGCGCGAGCUAAUUCCAGUAUUUCGGUCUUUUUGAUUCAUUCAGCUUCUGUGAUGUUGUUAGAGCUAGUACAAGGAGCUGAGGCGGGGGGGUUUAUUGUAAUUCAAGAUUGCACAAGUUAUUCUGGGCGACACCUCCUGAAGAGCUUUAUCAGUGCUGCACUGAACAGGGAAGAAGAUGUCCAUGUGCUGGGCUUUGAGGUUAGUGAAGAGGAGCUCAAGGAUGGUCUGAUUGGAUCUUGCCUUCAAAGGCUACACUUUCAUGAUGCUUAUGUUGACCCCCUUGGUUGGAUGGGACACUCGCCUUUCACGGUUCACCAGUUCAAUGCGGAGGAGCUCACCAAUCUACUCAAGAAAUUACCGCAACCCAAACCAGUGACUCUAGUGAUUGACUCCCUCUCAUGGAUACUACGACAUGUCAGUCCUCCUGCCGUCUGCAAGAGUCUGCAGCAGCUAAAAAAAGGGGUAGCUGUGAGGACCAUGAUUGGUCUGCUGCACUCAGACUUGCAUCAGCAUGGCAUAGUGGGAAGUAUAUGCCACUUAGCAUCUUCAGUUAUUACCUUGACACCAGGGGACCGCGGACUUGAAGCAGUGGCAAAGAUGACAAGGCGCUCAAAAUCAGGGAAGAUUGUGCAAGAUGAAGAGAUUUUCAGUUUGAAAGAGGACCUGACAAUCACAAUACAGGGCAAGCCCAGUCAUCCUAGAACCACACAGCCUGACCCUGAUGAACUAGAGGUGGACCCAGCAGCCAACCUGACCUUCAACCUUCGUUUAUCCAACACAGAGCGAGAAGCCAAGGAAAAACUGGCACUUCCCUUUGUUUUUAGUCAAGAAAAGAAAUCAGCUCUCCUUCAAUCAGGCCCAGGUUCAGGAAGGAUUAUGUAUGAGCCUGAUGCCAAUGACGACUACGACCAAGAGGAUCCAGAUGAUGAUCUUGAUGUCUAGGUUAAAGGGCAUGAAAAGUCACUGUGGCCAUAAAAAGUGUCCUACUCUCUGCGGUCCUUACCAUUCCAAAAUCUAAUGAAAGUUUAAGAAGUGCAGAAUCAUCAUUCAGAUUACAUCCUGACGAAGUUCUAAAUCCUUAGCAAAUGCUCUCAUAAUUCCUCUGGUAACUUUUGAUUCUGUUAAAACAUAAGUGCUUGAGUUUUGUGACCCAUUUAGCAUAGAAAAUGUUUACUUUGUAGAAAAUGAGUUGAAAAAUGCCCAACUUGUCCAACACUCCAGUGGAUAAAUGUACAGUCGCUGUUGCUAACCACUGUGCUGAAAUUGAUCCUGUGUAUUAAAAUUCCUAAU